CCAAAGUUAAACGUAGAGGGCGCCCUUUCGUAAACAAGGUUGGAUUUUUUUCCUCCACAUGCCAGUGUUAAUUCCCAUUGAUGAAAGCGGUCGUAGUUUGGUAAUCAAAAUGUCAUCUGAAGGAUCAAAGGAUCAAGCUAGUGGUUCUGAUGGAAGUGGAGGGGGAGGAGCUAGCAAAGGAAAGGUGGGAGGCUCCUCUAGUGAUGGGGAACAGCAACACUCAGGCUUCAACCCAAUGGAGACUUUGGAGCAGCUGAUGCGUCUACUUCGUCCCUGGCAACAAGCAGAUGAAGAUGAAGAGGCGGCAGCUAAGCCAGAACAGCUCCUUGAAGAUGUCACACUAGAGGGUGUGGUCAAAUACAUGCAGAGUAAUAAAUGCAAGAACAUCAUCGUGAUGACAGGGGCAGGCAUCUCAACAUCGGCCGGUAUUCCAGACUUUAGAUCUCCAGGGACAGGUCUCUAUGACAACUUGGAAAAAUACAACCUACCAGAGCCCAUGGCAAUAUUUGAUAUUCACUACUUCAUGGAGAGGCCGGAACCAUUCUUUUAUCUGGCCAAGGAGCUGUAUCCUGGCAAAUUCAGACCAACUCCAUCUCAUUAUUUCAUCAGACUUCUCGCUGACAAGAAGAUACUUCUCAGGAAUUACACACAGAACAUAGACACCUUGGAGAGAAUCGCCGGUGUGCCUGGUGACUUGAUGGUGGAGGCACAUGGAACAUUCCAUACAGGACACUGCAUUGGGAAGUGUGGCAAAGAAUAUACGCAACAAUGGAUGAAAGAUGAGAUAUUUGCAGACAGACUCCCCAAGUGCACUGAAUGUGAGGGAUUAGUCAAGCCUGAUAUAGUCUUUUUUGGAGAGAGUUUGCCGAUGAGGUUUUCCAAACUCGUCAUGGAGGAUUUUCCCAAGUGUGAUCUGCUGAUUGUCAUGGGAACCUCAUUAGUCGUGCAUCCCUUCGCUUCGUUGAUUGAAAGGGUUCCAGUCACAACUCCUAGAUUACUGAUCAACAAGGAAAAGGCCGGGGAGGGUAUUCCAAGGCUUCGUCAACUGGGUAUGGAUGCUGGUGGCUUUGACUUUGAAUCUAAAGACAAAUACAGAGAUGUAGCUUAUCUUGGUACAUGUGAUGAUGGAUGUUAUAAGCUGGCUGAGAUGUUAGGAUGGAAGGAUGACUUGGAUAAGUUGAUAAAAUCUGGCCACGAACAAAUUGAUGGACAAAGUGCGGCAUCACAACCCUCCAAAAAGCCUAGCGAAGGUGAGACUGAUCAAGCAGAACCCUCAACCAAGGCGGAGUCUCCUUCAAAAGCAGAGGCUGCCAGCAAGUAGGUACCCAGCGAUGAAGCAAUGGAAUAUUUUGAGUGGCAUAUCAACCUUAUAUGACAAGCCUUUUUUGAGCAUAUGGGACAAAAAUCAGAUAAGCAUUGUUAAGUUGUAAUGUUCUCUUAAGAUUUAAAGUAAAACGGGUUCAGGUUUAGCUUAUUUUGUCAAAAACUAAAUACCAGUGAACUUUAUCAAAAAAUAACAACUGCCGACUGCUUUAAAGCGGGACAUGGAAUUUUUAACAUCCGAGGGGUACUUGUACCAAGGAUGUUACAGAUGCAAUGCGCUACACCCAAACAGUCAACAGUUGUUGUUAUAUCAUGUCUUUAUUUUCCACUUGUCUUUCUUAUCAAGCAACAAACCCCUUGCAUCUAAUGUCGCAUCCAAGCGCAGGUGUUUUUCCUCUGUGAUAUGCAUGGAUACACACGUUGUACUUUUAUUGUCACUGAAUGUAAAUGAUAUUGUUUCUCAGUUAGGAAGUACAUGCAAGAGGUCUUUGUUGUGACUGCCAGUAUGAUGCGAGGAUCACAAUAGUUCCUCACAUAUUUGAUAUGAAGAGUAAGGCCAGAAGUCAUUAAAAAAUGUAUCAAGGGCUAUCUUUGGUAAGAACUUGAGGUGAUUGUUUCCAGUGAAUUUACAGUAACAGAGACACGAUAUGACAAUCACCUGACCUAUGACUUUUAACUUUAUAUGCAGCUAGCUGUGCAUGUAAAGCUUCCAGAUGGCCCCCGUUAUAUAAUCCUGUUACUUAGGCUCUUUACUCUAUUUCUAAAAUUGUUUGGGAGCUUUGAUUAGUCAAAUGUUCUGUAACAAGUACAGAUUUAGCAUGAUAGCUAUGCAGAGGUUUCUGGAACUGGCCUAAAACUUGCAACCCAAAAAUGGUGUUAACAAGGAUUUUAUUUAUUAAGUGUGUGGAAUAAGAUUCACAGGGGAGUUACGAAAUGUAACAAAUAUUGAAUUUAAUAACAACAUAUGAUUUCACUGAUCUUGGCAAGACACAAUCAAGUCAAAAGUAUUCGAACAAUGAUGCAGCAUGUAUGAUAUAUAUUUUACUUUUUCUAACUGCUUAAUAUAUAACAACUAUUAAAUUGAUAAUCACCUAUGACUUUUAACUUUAUAUGCAGCUAGCUGUGCAUGUAAAGUUAUUACUUAGGCUCUUUACUCUAUGAUUUCACUGAUCUUGGCAAAUUUCCAUUUACUCAGCACACAUUUCUGUUUAGAAAAGGUUAAAUCAAGUCUUGUGAUACAUAGUUCAGUACAUUUUCUUUUACUUGACAUCAUAUAUAUUUUGUUACUAGUCUGAACAUUAGAAAUCCAAAACCUUAGAAAUCAGCGAUUUUAUGUUUCACGUUUUUGGAAAGGAUUAGAGCACAACAAGGAUUUUUGUUAAAUUAUUUUUAAAAGGAUUUUGAAGGAAAAUGGUUAGGGAUUCUUGUGACAUUAUUUGUUAUUGCCAUAUAUAAUGUGGUUUGUAAUAAAUUGGACAGUAACUCUGAUUAAGAACAAUUAUUAGGAAUUAAAAAAAUAGUGCAAUGCAGUAUAAUUUUUAGAAUAACAACUUAUGAAGUGAGAAUUUAAUUUAUGAAUAUGUUAUCAGCAACCUGGUUGUAAUAUUGAGAUUAUUAUUCUUUUUAUGUAUAUUCAUAAACAAUAACCUUUUGCCAAGUUCAUAAAAGGGCACCUUCAUGCAGGAAUUCCAUGCCUGAUGUCUUAAAUUUACAGGUGGUAGAUUAAAUUACAAAGAAUAAAAUUUGAUAUUUAUACAA